UGUGGUUUGGUACAUGUGUGAGCUUCACUGGGAGAGAGAGAGCCCGGAGAGAGAGACUAGCAGUCUAACGGUCGCAUACGUUGCGUCUCUCCUGCUUUAUCUCUUUGGUCUCGCUCUUCUCUUCCUUUACGGAGCCCUGGUGAUAUUCCACCUAUCGGAUUAGCUCUACCAGCCCGUGGUUCCCCCCCCGCGUCUGGCAUGUCUCCCCUCCACUGAGUCUAGACAGGGGGUAUUCCUCCCCAGUAGCUCCAGAUCAGAAAAUAAAAGCCCCUUUCUUCUCUUCCUGUGGGCACAGUGGCCCUGCUGCCUCGAGGGCCUGAAACAUGGCACACAUCCAGAGCGUACAGAAGAAGACCAGCAGCAUGUCCCUGACCAUCUCGUCGUCGUCCUCCUCCCGGGAGCUCUGCUCCUCCUCCUCCAACUGCUCCUCCUCCUCCUCCGGCCUCCUUAACCAGGGACACUCCAACCUCCUGCAGACGCUGCCCGUCAGCCCGCUGACGACUCAGAGUCCACUGCCCAGCCAGCUGUACUCAGCCAAUGGGGUGGCUCCAACCUUUGUGAAGUGCCUCCACGACGUGUGUGCCCUGAAGGGCCAGCUGGUGGUCCUGGAGUGCCGUCUGCGGGGCACCCCCCCCCUGCAGGUCAUGUGGUCCAGGGAGGACCAGCACAUCCAGGACUCAGACGACUUCAGGAUACUGAGGAAGAAGGCCAGCUCUGCACAAGUGCCAGAGGAGCUGUGCACUCUGGUGAUCACAGAAGCCUUCCCAGAAGACUCUGGCCUGUUCAAGUGCAUGGCUGUCAACCCCUUUGGCAGCGUGGCCUGUUCUGCUCUGCUUGAGGUCUACAAUGAUGUGGAGGAGCAGCUGGAGAGUGAGUUUGCUCUGGGACAAGAGAAGGAGGCGGCCUUCCUCCCUCCUCCUCCUUCUGAUUGGCCAGAGGAAGGCUCCAUCCUCAAUUUAGUAGACUUCCCUGAGCAGGCCAACCCCUCUCCCCUGGAGCCCUCCUCGCCCCAGGAGCCCUUCUUGUACAGCGCGGAGGAGAGCCUGCUGAGCUCAGAGGGUCAAAGGUCACCUGAGGACACCCCCCUGACCCGCUCGCCCACUCCCCCUCCGCAGGCCCCCGCGCCCAAACUCUUCAGCCCCAGCAAGAUCAGUUUCAACUCCCCUUCCCACCCAGGAGCCGACAGCAUGAACCUGUCCGACCUGCCCACCUUCAAGCCCAGCGCCUUCCCCCCCAGCGGCUUCAACUACGAGCGGCCGCGCCACUUCAUCCAGUCGCAGCCCAGCUUCCAGGCGCCCAGCUAUGAGCGCUCCCAGAGCCUGCCCCCCAGCAGCCCCAGCCAGGACCCCUGCAGCCCUAGCCAGGGCCCCUGCAGCCCGGCCUCCUACAGCCCCGGCCAGGCCCCCGGCCAGGCCCCCGGCAGCCCUGAUGCCUUGGCCGAGACCCUGGCCCAGUCCAGGAUGCUCUCCAACCAGAACUCCCAGAUGACCAUGUCCCGCAGCCAGACGAUGGACCAGUCCCACUCCCAGAGCCAGGCCUACUCCCAGGCUCAGGCCCAGUCCCUCUCCCAGUCCCACUCUCACUCCCAGGCUCAGGCCCAGUCCCUCUCCCAGUCCCAGUCCCUCUCCCAGGCUCAGGCCCAGUCCCUCUCCCAGUCCCAGUCUCACUCCCAGUCUCACUCCCAGGCUCAGUCCCUCUCCCAAUCCCAGUCCCACUCCCAGGCCCUCUCCCAAUCCCAGUCCCACUCCCAGGCCCUCUCCCAAUCCCAGUCCCACUCCCAGGCCCUCUCCCAAUCCCAGUCCCACUCCCAGGCAAACGGGACGAGGAAGUCCUCCCCUUCCUCCUCCGGCCUCAGCUCCCCCACCUCCCCCACCUCCCCCCCCGCCGUGGCUGCUGCCCCUCCCCCCCCCCCUCCCCCUGUCCACUCCUCCUCCGUCUCCAUCUCUGCUCCUCCUCCCCCCUCUCCUCCCUCUUACCUCCCUCCCCCCACCUCCCCCUCCUCCUCCCUCCCCUCCCCGACCUCCCUCCCCCGCACGCCCAUGCGCUCCACCAUCACCCUGACCCCCAGCGUUCCCAGCGCUCCCAGUGCCACGGGGCUGGGCAGCGCCUCCCUGCCCGCCAACCCUGACGCCCGGGCCUACCUCUGUUCCGUGCUGCCCUCCCAGGGCUCCUCCUCCGCCUUCUCCAAGCUGGCCCCCCCGGGCUCCGGCAUCCCUCGCUCCCCCGCCCGCUCCCCGCUGCCCCUCUCCGGCCCCCUGUACCCCCCCGGCCACGCCCACUCCCCAGGCCACGCCCACUCCCCCGGCCAUGCCCACUCCCCCGGCCACGCCCAGCCCCAGCAGCUGCCCGGCCUCUCCCCCUCCCUCCCCCGCUCCCCCUUCGCCCCCAUCGUCCCGGCUCCGGCCCAGGCCCCGCCCCCUGGCGUGAACCAGAACCGGGGGAUGCCCGCCGCCGUGUCCCUCCCCCCCAGCUACAAGGCCACGCCCGCCACUCUUCCCAAGCCCAUCCUGAGGAAGGCGCUGCCCCCCCCGCGGCCCUCCUCCCGCUCCACGGACGAGGACAUCCAGGGCUCCAAGGACGCCCUGAUCCAGGACCUGGAGAAGAAGCUGCGCUCCAAGGAGGCUCGGAGGAGGGGCAGCCAGAAACUGUCCUAUGAAGAGCGCAUGGCACGCCGGCUGCUUGGGCCAGACAACGCCUCAGAUAUGUUUGACCAAGACGACUUUGCAGACGGACAGCCGGACCAGCCAGAGCAGCAAGAGGGACGACACACAGGAGGACUAUGGGGGAAGCACCACUCGGGGGCGGACGAGCGAGGGGCGGGCGAGGGGUCGGCCAUCCAGGAGAAAUGCUACCUGCCGCGAUUCCUUCAGAUCCCCUCCGACCUCACGGUGGAGGAGGGACGCUUCUGCAGGAUCGACUAUAAAGUGGGCGGGCUCCCCAGCCCGGACGUGUCCUGGUACCUGGACGGGAAGGCCAUCCGGCCGGACGACUACCACAAGAUGCUGGUGUGCGAGAAGGGCAUGCACUCCUUCAUCAUCGAGAUCGUGACCGUGCACCACGCCGGCGUCUACGAGUGCGUGGCCCGUAACCGUGCCGGGGAGAGCCGCUUCACCAUGAGGCUGGACGUCAUCGCCCAGGAGCUGCUGCGCCCGCCCACCUUCACCCAGAGGAUGCAGAACUCGCGGGCCGUGGAGGGCGACACCGUGCGCCUGGAGUGCAAGGUGGACGCCUCGCCUCCGCCCCAGCUCCACUGGAAGAAGGACAAGGACAUGCUGCGCAUCGACCCCCAACGCAUGAGCCUGUACCAGGACGGCUCAGGCAGGCAGUGCUUGCUCCUGGAGAGGCUGACCAAGGCGGACGCUGGCUGGUACACCCUCUCCGCCAUCAACGAGGCGGGCAUGUCCACGUGCAAUGCCAGGCUGGACGUAAGCACCCGGACGACCCAACCCAUGAAGACAGCGCCCCCUGGCUCCAAAACCCUGAAACUACUCAGCUCCUUGAGUCCCCUGGCCCCGCCCGCUGCGGCCCCCCCGGCCCAACACAACGCCCCGCUGUACGAGAGCGAGGAGCUCUAGGUCCCCAGACCGCCUGUAGGGUCCCCCCCCCCUCGAGGGUCCUCAGAGGGGCUAGCAUCCCAGUCAGGCACAGAGCUACCUGUUAGUGGGAGGCCCCGGUCUACUGGUUUGUUUCUUUAGAUGCUCAGGGUGGGAUUCGAAGGAAUAAGGUUUUCGUUAUGGUGAAGUGCCCUGGAUAUAUUACUGUGUCUAUGUCUUGAACUCUUAGCUUCUAUUUUUCUGGCUGGUCAUGUUUGAUACAUGUUUUGAUGCCGCUAUCUGUCCCUGUGUUAGUAAUCGUUUUAUUCUCGUUGAGAAAAAAGGAAGGUACAACUACCCGUAAUCCAACACUGCCGUAAUAUCUCAGUCGACCCUCCCUCGGCCUCUGUCUCCACCCUGCACUUUAGUCCUGGUUCUCUGCCUUUCUCUGCCUCCAUUAGUGUUUCUCUCUGUUCUACUGCCCUUGUCAGUGCUUGACUCUAAUGAUAAUGCUGUCAAACGGUGCGUUAACUUGUGUUUGAACUACAGCUGCUGCUGUGGUUCCUUGAAGGAGGGAGAGCUGAAUUCACAGUGGCAUCACAGAAAUUGAACGAGUAAUAAUAAGAAAAUAUUUUCCUCAAACGGUGAAAGAAAAUCCCUUUCAUUAGGCUCCCAGGAAAGGCUGUUAGUUCCAGUUUGCAUGCUGCCUAAUACUCCACAUCGGUUUGAUUCAGGAUCCUCAUAGUGUGUGCAAACUGGAACUGAAACAGCAAGUGAAAAGGUUAUUUAUUUGGAGUAUAAGUGACAACUGCAUUGGGACAUAACUGUGAGAUCCAGGUCUGGAAAUGGCUAGGAUGAAUGAAGAAGCUUUUACUCAUUGAACUUUGGUGCAAAAAUCUAGGCCUCUACUAGUGAGAAUAUGAAAACGGAGGGAAGGUCAAAGGUCAAACAGGUUUAGACUUGCCAAACUCUAACCAGCUUCAAUCCAAGCUCGAGACUGAAGGGGUUCAUGUCAGAAGCUGUUUUAUUAAGCCGAAGCCAAACUCCCCAUGAGCCUCAGAGUGUAUUUAUUAUUAGCUUUGUGUGUGAGUGCAUUCAUGUUAACCAGCAUUGCUAGUUCCAGUUGUUAAAGCCAGUUAGUGAACAAAAACAGAAAAGGUGCCACCUGGUUUUCUCUAUAAAAUGUUCAUGAGAAUAUACUUGUACGGUUCAACAAAAUAUGUUUUUUCAAAAGGCAUUUGGGAACAUGGGCCUUGGCUUUGGUUGUGAGAGGUUGAUUUUCUUCAGAUAGUAUUGUGUGUAUCCUCCUAAUGUAUUGUUUGUUGUGUAACAGGUUGAUAUUCCACUGGAUGAAUGAGGAAUAAAGUCCUUUAUGACCUCAGGUCCAUCAAUGCGUCUCUCUUUCUAAGCAUCCACAUGCAGGACUCGUGGGUCUUGUGGGGGAGGAAGGUCACAAUGUGUGGCAGAGAGGAGGCAUUCCUGAAUAUAUUGCACUUGAAUAUAUGUGCUUCAUGGGCUUGUGAUAUAAAGGCAGCCAGGUCCUCCAUUUUGCAAGUUUGACACUCAGUGACUCACUUUUCUUGCUGGUCCUUGAGGAUGCGUGUAAACUCUGACACUGACAGGGUUAUUGUCCUGUCAUUCAUGAAGGCAAAGAGAAACUCGCGACCAUCCCAGAGGGGACACGAACAUUGAAUCAG